UUGCUUAAAAUCAUCCUCAACCUUCCUAUAUAUAAUCCAUUGUUCAUCAUCAUCUUUUAUCUGUAUCACUAAAAUGGCUCCAACCAACAUACUCUUCAUUUUUUUUAUAUUCAUCUUUUUUGCCGAGUUUUUUUACAAGAGGUAUACAAAGAAACUACCACCAGGUCCUACCCCUCUUCCCUUCAUUGGGUGCAUCAUUGAAAUGCUCCUAAACCGGCCUACUUUCCGUUGGAUCCACAAGCUCAUGGGUCAGCUCAAUACCCCAAUCAUCUGCAUUCGGCUUGGACCUUCAACCCAUGUGAUCACAGUUUCCUCCUCGAAACUAGCAUGUGAGAUCCUAAAGGAAAAUGACUCAAUAUUUAUGUCAAGGCCUGAGGUCAUGAGUGCUAAUCUAGUAAGUAAUGGCUAUCGCACAGCCUUUUUGGCCCCCCAUGGUGACCAAUGGAGAAAGAUGAGAAGAGUUGUAAAGCAAAACUUGUUGUCGCGGCCAAUGCACAACUGGUUUCAACCAAAAAGAGAUGAAGAAGCCAAUCACCUUCUUAGAUACAUAUGUAAUCAAAUAGAUAAGAAACAAGACAACAUUGGAGGACUAAUAAACUUUCGGGUUUUGACCCAACAUUUUGUUGCAAACUUGACGAGGAAAAUGGCUUUUGGGACACGAUUUUUUGGAAAAGGUAUGCCAGAUGGAGGGCCCGGAAAAGAAGAAACCGAACAUGUUGAUGCAUUAUACGCUAUACACAACUAUCUUUUUGGAUUUAGUGUGAAUGAUUAUUUCCCAUUGUUCCGGGGAAUGAUUGAUUUCAGUGGCAAUGACGAGAACAUUAAAACCGCGCUUCAAGUUGUACGAAAAUAUCAUGAUCCGUUGAUUGAUGAAAGGAUUCAAAUGUGGAACAAUGGAGAAAGAACCGAGAAAAAUGACCUACUUGAUGUUCUUAUUAACCAUGAAAAUCCAAAGCUUACAACAGAGGAGAUCAAAGCCGAAAUUAUUGACUUGAUUCUUGGGACAGUUGAUAAUCCUUCUAAUGCAACCGAAUGGGCAAUGGCGGAGAUGUUAAACGAACCCAUUCUCCUAAGAAAGGCAGUCGAGGAGCUUGACAAUGUUGUCGGUCGCAAUCGAUUAGUUGAAGAGCAGGACUUAUCCCAACUAAAUUUCAUUAAAGCUUGUAUUAAGGAGGCCUUUCGGUUGCACCCUUUUCGCGCUUUUAACCCACCUCAUCUUUCAAUGACGGAUACUACUGUUGCAGGUUACUUCAUACCCAAGGGAAGUCACGUGCUGGUAAGUCGACUUGGGUUGGGCAGGAACCCAGAUGUUUGGGAAAAUCCACUUCGGUUUGACCCUGAUCGUCAUCUACGUGGGGAAUUGUCAAAGCAAGUAGUUCUUUCAGAUGAUGAUGAGUUGCGGAUGAUUUCAUUUGGCAUAGGGAUUCGUGGUUGUCCUGCAGUCGAGUUGGGCUCAACCAUUACUACUAUGUUGUUUGCUAGAAUUCUUCAUGGGUUCUCUUGGAGCGUCGGCAAUAAUGGGUUGUCAGUUAGUCUUGCUGAAAAUCACGAUGAUCUUUCCUUGGCUAAACCACUUGUAGCCAUUGCUGAAAAACGACUACCCGAACAUCUCUACCCAAAAAACUGAAGUGAAAGAAUACUUGUGGAUCUUUGUGGCGAUUCUGCUUGUUCGUAUUAAUUUCUAAUUAUCUCUAAAUAAUAUCGCGUUAGCGUAUGCAUUAAUUUCAUGAAAUCAGUAUGUCACAAAUAAGAUCUUGUUUGAUUUAAUAAGUACUAUUUCCAUUUUGACUGUU